GCUCCCCCUGCCGCCCCAGCGCAGUAUAACCAACCAGCCGCGCCGGCAAAAUUCCUCCUCGACGGAGAACGCGAACUAACCAGCCACCGAUCGCCCGCGCAGGACUUGGAGAGCAAGCAAGGCAAGCGCGCGGCCAUGGACUCCUUCUCGUCGCCCUCGCUGUCGUCGUCAGGUUCCAGCCCCAACCCGGAGGCCGUCAUGGAACAGAUCAAGGCGCAGCUCGCCCAGGCUUACGCGCAGGAGUUUCUCGAGACCGUGGGGAACAAGUGCUUUGAAAAGUGCGUGACCAAGCCAGGAUCAAGCUUGAGUGGAAGCGAGAGCAGCUGCAUAUCACGUUGUGUUGACCGCUACAUUGAGGCCACCGGUAUUGUCAGCCGGGCCUUGUUCAGCUCCCAACGCUAGGAACACAUGAAAGGAAGAAUUUCAAAUAUCGCUCAUGAGAAUGAUGUACCCUUGAGAUUUUUGACUUGUCAGAAUACAUGACAUUUGAUGCUUGGUUGUACAAGCAGUGUUAGUCCUCUAAAGACUCCAGGUUCUUCUUGUAAGCCUUUCUGCUUUAGUAGAAGAAACAAGAGGCUCUAUCAAGUGGCGCAGAUGUUUAAUUACGCUCAUCAUGUGGUUUGUUUC